AAAAUAAAAAUAAAAAAAAUCAAUCUUUCUUUUGCCUAAAUUUACAGAGCACCUCUGUUUUUCAAUCAUGGAGUUUAGUGGCAAUAACAACAACAGGAGCCAAAAUAAUUCUGGGCUUUUGAGGUAUAAGUCAGACCCCACUUCUUUGCUGGCAAAUCUCACCAACAUGACAUCAUCUGGGAUCUCUUGUGAUGUCAUAAAUACUGUGGAUGUAAUGAAGAAAGGUGACAAUAGUUGCAACAAGGCCAUGAAUUCACAGCUGCCACCUAAAUAUACAAGGAAAAAUGGUGGCCAAAGCUAUGUUAAACCUGUUAAUUAUUAUUCAGCUGGGAUUGAUUAUGAAAGCCAUGGAAAAAUUAGUUCAAGCCUUGUGAGGCAAAACAGCUCACCUGCUGGAUUGUUUCCUCAGCUCAAUCCUCAAAGUGGUUAUAUGGGGUCGAAAUUUGAUUAUGAGACAAAUGGAAGUUCGUUCACUAGCUUUGGAUCUUGGAGCAAUAGUUACUCGUGUGACGCAGAAGAUUUCUUCAAGAGUGAUGAGCUGGAUCGUGAUCGAGCACCUUUUGUCGAUCAUUUUCAGAUUGAGGAACAUGGAGAUUCACACAACUUAUUAAGUGUACCAAAGACUGCAGCUCAUGAAAAAACCGAUGCUAAGAAGAAAUUAUUGCAUUUCGAAGACACGGUUCCUUGUAAAGUUCGUGCCAAGCGUGGUUGUGCCACUCAUCCACGUAGCAUAGCCGAGAGGGUGAGAAGGACAAGAAUCAGUGAAAGAAUGAGAAAGUUACAAGACAUUGUUCCAAACAUGGAUAAGCAAACAACCACAGCAAAGAUGUUGGAUUUUGCUGUUGAGUACAUAAAAGACCUACAGAAACAGUACAAGGCUCUAAUCGAAAUUCGUGCGAACUGCAAAUGUUUGGCGUCUGAGAAGGUGAAUCUAAAUGAAGCACUCUGA